GGUUAGUCUUGUCUGUGUAGCUCCAGCACAGCACUAGUCACCCUGACAGACACUCCCGGCUGCUGGUGUUGCUGCCUGGUUCUCCGACAUUCAGUGGUGCAUUUGCUGCGGCGCCGCAUGAUGACGUACGGUGGCGGAAGCCAGGUUUGAAGCAGUGGCGGGGACUGGAGGGCAGCAGGGGCGCUGAUGGAGCUGGCAGACACCUUAUCCCCCGGCUGCGGCGCUAGCGGCAUACUCUCAGGGGUCAUGGCUUAUGUGGAUGUAUGGUCAUCCAACAGAACAGAAAAUUACUCUAAAACAUUUACACAGCAGCUGCUUAAUUUGGGAGCAAAGGUUUCCAAAACAUUCAACAAGACAGUUACUCAUGUGGUUUUUAAAGAUGGCAGUCAAGGCAUAUGGGACAAAGCAGUCAAAGGUGGAGUCAAAUUGGUGUCUGUGCUUUGGGUGGAGAAAUGUAGAGAAGCUGCUGCCUAUGUUGAUGAAUCCGUAUUCCCAGCAAUAAAUACUAAUGAUGGUGUACAUCAGCUUCUUAAAAAGAAACGGAAGUGUAUGCAGCCUAAGGAUUUUGUUGAAAAAACACCUGAAAAUGACAAAAGACUUGCACGGAGAUUUAAUAAAAUGUUUAAGGAACUUGAUGUACAGAAGUCAUCUGUUGAUAUUCCAGUUUUAUCAUUUGAAGAUGAUGGGACUUUAUUGUAUAGCCCAAAAGCAGUUGUUGCAGAUCGUUGCAAUGCAAUGGAAAGAAGAAUAAAAGAAAUGAAGAAUAAAAGGGAGAAUUUAUCGCCUACAGCAUCUCAAGUAUCACAGACAGUGUUUGAAUUUUCUGUACUGAAGCCAUCAAUUGGGAGCAGUCCCUCCGUCAUGACAGACUCUCCACGUGGACAAUGCCCGAACGAUCUUAACACUAGUUACGAUGACAUUUUUGGAAUUAUGGAAAAAGAAGUGCAAGUUCCAUCCACUUCAAGCAAUAUCCAUGUGAUGGAAGGAGAUGCAAAAGAUGCAUUUACUUUAAAGUAUAUUUCUUUGACACCUCAAAAAAUAAAGGGUCUACCUAGUCUUGAAGCAGUAAAAAAACGAAGGUCAAGCUCAUGCAUUCAAAACAAGGGGCGAAAGUCGCUUAAGAAACUGAAAACAACUGACUGUACAAAUGAUAGUUUGAGUGAUGGGUCAUGUAACACUCCCAGUGAAAAAAACUCAUAUUUAGGGCACACAUCAGUGACAAAUACAGUUAUUGGCAAACAUAAUCUAGACACUAUAGAUGUGUACCAUACACACUCAUGCUUUCAAAAUAAUGGCCAGAUGGCACUUAAUAGAAUGAAGACCAUAGAAACUACAACUGAUAAUGCCAUUGGUGGUGAUGCAUUACGUGAACCAGUCCCUACAAAGUGUGGAACAUCAGUCUUGGAUUAUACAUCUAUGGCAAAUAGAUUAAUUGCCAAAUGCAAAGAAAAGGGACAGCUGAAAUUAAAAAGUAGUCACAACUUAAAGCCUGAUCUUUCAGUUAAAGUUUUGAAGGAGCCCUCAAAGUCACAUUUAUCUUCAUGUAAAACUAAUUCCGAGGACUUUUCAAACUUUGAAGAUUUUUUUGCUUCUACUGAUGUAAAAAGCCAUAAAAGCAAGUUGAAAAGAUUUUCAUUGACACUGCCACCAAGGUCACCCAGCCCUCCUCCACUUACCUUAAACAAAGCAGAUGACUGCAGAAGGAGACGAUCUGGGGUUGCUUUUCAGCAGGAUUUGCCGAGAACAAAGAAGAGAAAAACUAUACAUGCGGUUACACAUUCUACUUCAAGACCAAGAGAAAGUUCAGCUUCCUUACAGGAGACUCCUCUCUUUCUCACAGCCCCUGCAGAAAAUGAUAGCGGUUCUAAGUCAUGUGUAAUGACAUAUAAAACAGAAUCCCCUGUUAGAAGAAGGAGCAGAACAAGUUCUAAAACCAAUUUACAAGGGUCAGAAGCGCAUUUGAGUGGUAAAGACCAAUUACAGAGAACAUCUGAAACUGCAAAUGUAUUUGAGCCAAGUUUUGGCCUAGUUAUUGGGUUAAAGAAAGCCGUAAGCUCAACCACAAGUAGAAAAACAAAAGAUGAAUCUGGUGACGAGGAGAGCUUGGGUCUUAAAAAUGGCACAGUGCUUGAUUGCGAAAAGCCGAUGGAUAGAUACCAGCCAAAUGCCGAUAAUAAAACUUCAGUUUCUGAUGCAAGCGAUGGACUGUCUGAAAUGUUUAAUGGAGAAAGAACGAAAUGCACAGUGGAAUCAAAGAAAAUAGAGAAAAACAGAAAGGUUACACGGUCAUUGGUUAUGACAAGCAUGAGCACUGAAGCACAAAAUGCUGUUAUCCAAGUUGUGAAAAAGUUUGGAGGCUUUGUAUUUUCCGACUGUGUGUGCGAAUCUACCACCCAUGUAAUUGCUGGAAGUCCACGGCGUACUUUAAAUAUUAUUCUAGGAAUUGCAAGAGGUUGUUGGAUCAUAUCCUAUGACUGGGUGUUGUGGUCUUUGGAAUGCGGACAUUGGAUUCCCGAAGAACCAUAUGAGCUCUCAGACCAUUUUCCUGGUGCUCCAAUUUGCAGAUUGCAACGCCAUCUAUCAGCAGGAGAAUAUCAGCAAGAUUUACUCUCCACCAUCCCUGCCUUGUUCAUAUCCCCAAGCAGCCAGCCUCCUUGUCACAGUCUCUGUGAAAUAGUGCAGCUCUGUGGAGGAAAGGUGUGCAAGACCCUGCGCCAGGCUAAGAUAUGCAUUGGGUGGUUCACUGGAAAGAAGCCCCCAGAUAUGCAGAGUGUCUCAGAAAAAUGGCUGCUCGAUUCUAUAACGCAUUACAAGCUGCUCCCUCUAGAAGACUACCUCUUGGAGCAGUGAGAUUGCAAAUGACGACAGUUUCUGUUGAAAUGAAUGUUGGAACAUAACUGUGAAUCAAAGAACCUUCUAUUUUAAGAAUUGCUAGCUACAGUAUGCAAUGAUUUUUUUUAUAUAUUUACAGAACUUUCAUUGUUUAACUUGCAGGUUGGGAACAACUUUUUAACUGUAUGUAAAUUAUUUGAAUAUUUUUUUACUAAUAAAAUAUAUACUGUACAUAGGAGAAA